AUGGACGAGAUGCCAGCCGCUGUAAGUUUAAUGAACGGCCUGCGAGUGUGCCUCGAGCAAGCUGGAGAUGAGCUAGAGAAGCAGGUAAACAAAGCAGCACAAAUGAGGUUUUUUCCAAGAGGGUUAGUGAAAAGCCUUUUUUCCGGAAGCAGUAGCAGCACUAGGACAAGUGUGGUCGGAAAGACGGGUGGACGUGGAGGACCGUCGUCUUCGAGUGCAUUUAUGGCUAGAGUUUUCGAACUACAACUACUUCUACUUGUGAUAUAAUCUUUAUCUUCAUCAUCCAAUCAAUCUGAAUCUCUAAUGAUCCGUUGAACAACAGAAGAAGGGUCGAUAGCAGCAGACGUGGUGGCAGCAGUAGUUCUACUAGACCACAACUGCGAAGGAGGUCUUCGACUCCUCGAGGGGGAACGACAUCGAAUUAUACAAAGGAGGCUGGAAAUCUUCUUCAGGGGUCGGGAUCCUCUACGUUAAGGGUUUCCGAAUUACAUCCCUCACUACCAUCCUUGGCUCCUUUUCAAGGGGGAAAUGGGUCAAGGAUGUUCUGAAGAAUGCAACUCGGAAACCUCUAACUACGCCUAGAACCGGCUCGACAGGAGUCAGGGUCAAGCGCUCUUUCUUGGAAGACCAAGUUCCCCAGGUGGUACUAGAUGAUGACAAACUAAUACUAAACGGCAAAGAAUUCAUCAGGAAAGAAGGAAACAACGUUAGAAGAAGAGAGCAGCACCAUCAGUUUACCAAGAGGAAUAAUAGAAACCUGGGGACGCAGCAACAAAGGACGAGAGCGGAUACACCAAGACCGCCUAUAUUGACGACGGCGUCGAGGACUCGACGUGGGAAUCCUAGUAGUGGCGUGUCUUCUGCUUCUUCACAAAUAACUUCUAGUACUGGUUCUGCGACUUCCAGUAAUUUAGUGGGAAUAUCCCCAGGAGGAGUGGUGUCUCCUCAAUUAGUCACGGGCACAGCUGGAGUUGCGGGUACAAUAUCUACUCUACUACCUUUGAACCCAAGUUCCGCUUCGAUACCUGGAUUGCCGAAUCCUGCUUCGAUACCUGGACUGCGACCGCAACACCACAAUGCCACCUCAAUACCCACCAUAGUACCUACUUCUAUGGUACCUACAACUAUGGCACAACCUACUGGUGUCACUUCUAGUGGAUGUGGAAACAACCUAGUGCCAGCAGCGCCACACCUCAUGCUAGGAGGCAAGACAAUGACCCCUGCUCGCGUAAGCACCACAACAGCAGCAAGGACGCUGGGAAAGAAGCUACCCUCAUUAUUACGAUCACCGCCUCAAGAUCCGGGGGAGUGUCCGACUUCAGCCUCGACUCUUUAUUCAGAUGCGAUGGCGUCAUCACGGAAAACAGAAAAAUCUUCGCAGAUGCAAGGCGUGGCUCUGUUCUUCUGAAAAGGUUAUUUUUCUUGCUCUUCUGAAUAGGCUUACGCGUAGCUAAGUACCAUUACUAAGAGGUGUUAGUAUUGUUUGUUCUCCGGUGGAACGAAAAAGAUCUGAUUUUGAUACGAUUGACUACGCGCUAAAAAAAUGCUGGACAAAUAAAUUGGUUUUUUUUUGACAUUAUGUUCUUUCAAAGAAAUGGGGGGGUAGAAAUUUUGCACAACGAAGAAGUCUAGUUCUUGCUUGUUUUUUAGAUGCUUCCGCAGACUGUUACAAUAUCUAUCGAUGUACAUCAUUGUUAAACUUUUGAUACUAUACGACGCACAAAGACGAAAACGAACAAAAAGUAAAAGAUAGAUUCCCAUUAUUUGGAACUCUUUUUCGAUCUAGUGUGUUGAGUCCAAUCAAAAUCAGCCAAUUCAAAGAAAGUACUUACUUACUAUGAUAUUCUUGUUCUUCAAUUUAUUACCAUUCACUUUCACAUCGCACAGACGUUCACUACAAUGUCAUGUUUCUUAGAUCAUUCUCUGGUUGUCAUCUUAAG